AAGCCCACUGGUUUCUCCAACUCAUCGGGUAUAUGUUAUGGUACCGAUUUGAAUCGUAAUUUUGGCUACAAUGGGUGCAUUGUCGGCUGGAAUUUCAAUGAGCCCUGUGAUCAUUGGUAUGGUGGCUCCCAACCGGACUCGGAACCAGAAGUUAUUAAUAUGCAGAAAUUUAUUAAUUCCUUCCCCGAUGAUUACAUUAAAAUGUAUGUACCCUUCCAUUCGUAUGGUAAUUUGGUUUUACUCCCCUAUGGCCAUACAAGUGAUAUCUUUCCACCCAACUAUGAUCAAAUGAUGCGAAUUGCUAAGGCUUUUGCGGAUGCGGCUAAAGUGAAAUAUGGCACCGUAUUCAAAUAUGGCUCGACGGGAACAAUUAAUAUAUCUGGUUAUGUGUCUGGAGCAUCCAAAGAUUGGGCAUAUGGUGUCAAGAAAAUCCCCUAUACUGGUACCAUUGAAUUGCGCGAUUAUGGUGAAUAUGGAUUCUUCCUGCCGCCCAAUCAAAUCAAAGAAGUGUGCGAGGAGGUUACAGAUGGUCUUAUUGCAAUGGUUGCAGCCGCUGAAAAAGAAGAACUAUUUAGGAAUUCUGGUCCAAAGAAUAUUGUUUCUAUUGUCAAUGUUAUGAU